ACGGGAAUGACCCAUUAUGUUGUACCCGCACUGUACCGACAUACGAGUAAUAUGUACAGAAGGCAUUGCAAUACGUCAAGGUACCGGUACGAGUACUACAAGGAGAUACCUGUAGUAGCAUUUUUAUUGCGAAUGGUUUCAAUUCCGAACGCAACGGUACGAGUACCGUACCUCGUACCGGUACCGGUAGGGUGAAGACAGAAAUAAUCUUGAAAAAUAUUCUGCAACACGCAACUUCACAGUAGAUUUUGGCAUGAAGUACUUCUUACCCUUGUGGCUUCGAGGACUAUAACAACAACAAUUUCGUGUUGACUCAGAUAACAAUAACAAUAAUAUGCAAGCAAUGAUGCCUUCACAACAUCAAAGAGAUCUCUCGGUACGGGACCAGGAAAUUGCUCGGCUGCAAAAUCAGGUAAACGCUCUUUCCAAUCAGCUGGAAUCGGCGAUGCAACAGCAGCAGCAAUUGAGGCGCUAUCCACAACAAAGCAGCGACCGGRACAGUAGAAAGAAGAGCCACAAACGAACAAACAAAAUGUCACCCCAUGCGGUCCAUAUCCAGCACGUCGAUGGUGGAAAAUYGGGGRGUAACGUGAUACGUACCGGACGCCAACGAAUGGGCCGAAACGCUAGCUUCUACACGCAGCGAGUCAUGGCUUCGCUGACCAUGCCGGAAGGGGAGAAGUAUGCAAGCAAUCCCAUUAUCAUGCGCAUCAUGAACAUGUUUGAGCGUCCGAAUGAAAACGUGGAGUAUCUCAGAGGCAAGCUUUUUGCUACUGAUUUGUUCAAGCUSUGCCAGAAGGUUAGGCAGAUUCUAGAACGAGAACCCCGAGUCGUCUACUUGCAGAGUCCAUGUUACAUUUUUGGGGACAUACACGGUAAUCUAGAGGAUCUCCAUUUCUUCUCGGACAACAUUUGGAGACUAGGUAUGAACCUCACCGCCGGAAACUUUUUGUUUCUGGGCGAUUACGUGGAUCGGGGCAUGAACUGUCUAGCGGUAGUUGCCUAUCUGCUGGCGAUGAAACUUCAAAACCCACAAAAGGUCUUUCUGCUUCGGGGCAACCACGAAACACGUGAUGUUAACGGAUGGGAGGAGCACUACGGCGAACGAUCCUUCAUCUGGCAAUGCCAGGACCGCUUCGAYCGCUUCGGGGGCGACAUUGGCUACCGAAUCUGGGAGGCAUGCAACCAGGUCUUUGAUCGGUUGCCACUGGCUGCGGUUGUCGACCAGGAUAUUUUUUGUGUUCACGGGGGCAUCCCACGGCCUGUGUGUAUGGGGAAUCCCCGCUUGCGGGGCGCGAGUACCACACGCAUCCAGGACAUUCUCAACGUCCCGAAGGUCGCCGGAAUUAAUCCACCCUAUGAACACGAGGACGAUGUCUACCAGCAGGUUGCGUCGGAUUGCAUCUGGAGYGAUCCGGCCUCGGAAGAACAGGAACGCAUAAGCGUCGACCCACACACCGGCUACGGAGAAUCCCUGCGAGGGGGCGGAGCCAUUUGCUUUGGCAACAAGGCCGUGACAGACUUUYUGCAGGAGCAAGGCUUUUCGUACAUCAUGCGGGCCCACGAGGCGCACGCCGAGGGCGUCGCAGUCAGCAAGGGAGCACGAGUGUUCACGGUCUUUUCGACCAGUAAAGACCACAACCAGGGAUCGCAGGCUCUAGCGGGAUGCAUCCUAGUCGACGACGACAGGCUGCAGGUGAUAAACAGGAGCCCGGCCUACAAGAACCAAUAUGUCCAUCGCCGCGAUUCUCUUAGUUUGCAAACCCUGAGCCACCUGGAAAUCGCCAAACGGAUCAAGCUAGGGUUGGUGACGCCCGAUGAUACCGCCGAUUACGAACAAUCCGACGACGAAAGCUGGGACGAUCAGGCAGCCGAGGAACAAAACCCCGGCGUUGCGAGCACGGGCGGAAGCGACGACGAUUCGAUAGGGCUUCCUGUGGACGAUCCAUACGGUUAUAGGGAGCUGCUUGGACAGCAAGGGAAGACCCAGCAGGAACAACAGUAUACUUUUGCCCAGGGCCGGCGCUCCUCGAUCGAUCUGUCGCAGAUGAGCACCAACCUUCACGACUCGCAAUMCGAAAUCAACAUGGAGCUUAGUGCUUCUUCGAUCCGGAUGGGAAGUUCAUCGCGCAGCCUCCAAGAAUCCUUGCGAAGCAACAACGACAUCAUUCACCAAGCCGUCGCAGAGGGUGAAGACAACAAUGAAGACGAAGACUCUACCGUGAACGGCGAUGAUCUGGACGCCGAUGCCGACGUUUCCAUGGAAAACUAGAGAAACAAAAAUGUCACAACACUUUUAUGCCGGUCAUACUUGAACCAAAAAUCUAGCAGGUAUCUGCACAAACAUAAAUGGAAGGACCCAAUCAACGGAUAACAAAAUCAAUUUUUCUUUUGUUGGUUACCGAGAAAGCUAUGUGUAGUGACAAACACGAAUGGAUAAGAGACGCUUGGUACCAUGUGCAUUCAGCGCAAUUAUUGUACUAAACAUAUUUGACUCUAUCACACCAUUGACUAAUCACAAAUAUUUCAUUUUCAUUCUAACAUGAUAGUCAAUAAUCACAUAUAUGUAAC